UUCUCCCCUCUUUCCUCUGAAUAGCUAUGGAGAUUUCUGUCAUAGCUUCCUCCUCAAUCGACGCCGGAAUCGGAAGCUGGGACCUCAAAACCGGAACCGAACAGCUCCGAUUCAAACAGUGCGCCUCUCCCGCUCACGGCCUAACCGCCGUCGGAGAUAAAUUCCUCGCCGCCUCUCAGCUCCGUAACGCAUCCGGCUCCUCCGGCUCCAUCUUCUUCUGGUCUUGGAACAAGCCUCAAGCUGAAGUUAAGAGCUUCCCUGUGGAAUCAAUAAACGCUAUUGCUGCUAACAGAGAAGGAACUUACAUCGUUGGUGGUGGAGCCUCUGGUGAUAUCUUUCUUUGGGAGGUUUCGAGUGGGAAACUUCUUAAGAAGUGGCAUGGUCAUUACCGUUCUGUGACUUGCUUGGUUUUCUCUGGAGAUGAUUCUUUGUUGGUUUCUGGGUCUAAAGAUGGUUCUGUUAGAGUCUGGUCUCUUAUAAGGUUGUUUGAUGAUCUCCAGAGGCAGCAGCAAGGGGGGACGCUUUAUGAACACGAUUUUGUUGAGCAUACAACGGCUGUAACCGAUAUUGUUAUAGACUAUGGUGGAUGCAAUGCUUUGAUAGUUACUGCUUCAGAAGAUUGUACUUGCAAGGUUUGGAGCCUUUCACAGGGGAAAUUGUUGAGAAACAUUAUCUUUCCUGCAGCCAUCAAUGCUCUUGCGUUAGACCCUGGCGGGACUUUUUUCUAUGCUGGUAGUAUGGAUAGUAAAAUCUAUGUUGGUGCCAUGAAUUCCUCAACAGAUUAUGCGACACAAGCUCUUGGUUCAGUGUCUGAACAAAGCAAAGCUGUUACUUGCUUAGCAUAUUGCGCAGACGGAAACCUCUUGAUAUCUGGAUCAGAAGAUGGUGUGAUUUGUGUUUGGAAUCCUAAAUCACGUAGUCUUGUUCGUACUUUCAGCCAUGGAAAAGGACCUGUGAACAACAUUCAAGUUGUCAGAAAAUCGAGUGUUGGCAACUCCAACAAAGCACAAUCUUCAUGGAAAAGAACUGGGUCGCUAUUACCUCCUCCUUUGGAGAAAUAUGAAAGAUCAGGAGAAGAUAUUAUGGAUGGUAUAGUUAUGGUUGACCCGCCGCCACUUUCUGAUGUUCCUGCUUACUCUUCUUACCACAGUGCUGACCUUAUCAACGAGCAAGUUAGAGAACUUCAGCAACAAGGGUCUGCAGCAACGGAGAUCGAGAUGGAAAGAUUGAAACUUGAGUACAAGAAAUCUCUGCAGAUGAAUGAUCAGUGGCAGAAGAAUUAUGAGAACUUGAUCCAGGUGGUUAUGGAGGAAGAUCUAAAUGGUUGUUCCAGAUGAAAACUUUUAUCUAUUAUUGUUUCUUAACAUUUUUGAAAUUAUAUUGAAAGAUAAUAUUUUGUCAAAUGGCACUUGAAAUUUCAGUUAAGUAUGGUUUUAUUAUUGCCAAAUUUCUCACAGUAUCAUAUAUAUA